CCCGCGCAUAGAGUCCAGUCUGCCGUUGUCGAAUACGGAUAUCCAAAUGGUCACCUUGGACAUCUCACAACAGAAGAAGAAGCAGCAUUCAAGAAUUUCAAGCUCUUAUGUGCCGACAAAGGAGAGUACAGGCCUGCAGAGGGGGACAAACCUGCAUCGCACGAUGAUGCUACAUUGCUGCGCUUCCUUCGAGCUCGACGAUUCAUUGUCCAAGACGCCUACAAACAGUUUGCAGACACAGAGGCAUGGCGGAAAGCAAAUCAGAUUGAUCAGUUAUACGAGACGAUAGACCUAGAGCAUUACUAUGAGACUCGAAGAUUGUAUCCUCAAUGGACCGGACGCCGCGACAGACGCGGUAUACCCGUAUACGUAUUCGAGGUCAAGCACUUGAAUUCCAAGACUAUGGCCGCAUAUGAGAAGUCUGCGAAGGAAACACAUAGCAUGGCGCAAACAGAUGGGAAGACUCCGGGGAAAUUACUUCGACUUUUCGCCCUUUACGAGAACUUGAUUCGAUUUGUGAUGCCCCUUUGCACAGCGUUGACGGAUAGAGAUCACCCUCAGACGCCUAUUACACAGAGUAAUAAUAUUGUGGAUAUUUCUGGUGUUGGGUUGAAGCAAUUCUGGAAUCUGAGAGGGCAUAUGCAGGAUGCGAGUACUUUGGCUACAGCGCAUUACCCAGAGACAUUGGAUAGGAUAUUCAUAAUAGGAGCCCCUGCCUUCUUCCCCACAGUCUGGUCUUGGAUCAAGAAGUGGUUCGACCCAAUCACCACAUCCAAAAUCUUCAUCCUCAGCCACCACGACAUGAAAAAGACCCUCGAAUCUUUCAUCGAGCCAGCCAACAUCCCCAAGAAGUACGGCGGCCAACUCGAAUUUGAAUUCGGCGACAUGCCUAAACUUGAUCCUCACCUAGCAAGCGUAACAGAAUGGCAAAAUGGAAACACAGAUUUUCCCCACGGCCCAAUGUACUGGGUGGACGGCAAAGGAGAGAAAGAAAUCGGAGAAGUAAAGAGCGACAAGAUCAAGGCGCUGGCAGUAGGAACAAGAGACAAGAAAGAGAGAAAAGAAGAUAUCUGCAUCGUCACA